CAGGAAGUGCCGUCCCCGCGCCCCCUCCCCCGGCCACGCCGCCGCGCUCGCUCCCUCCCUUCCUGCGCGCGCGGGGCGGCGACUCGGCGGGGACGGCGCGCAGGCCCGGCGGGCGGGCGGCCCAGGAGCCCAGCGAUGCUACUCAGGCUGUGAACACGGCAGGUGGCACUGUGGGGGCUGCCAGCCACCAGGGCUGGAGAGAGACAUGAGGACACGUGGCCUCUAUGGCUCCCGCCUGCCAGAUCCUCCACUGGGCCCUCGCCCUGGGGCUGGGCCUCACGUUCGAAGUCACGUACGCCUUCCGGUCUCAAGAUGAGUUCCUGUCCAGCCUGGAGAGCUAUGAGAUCGCCUUCCCCACACGCGUGGACCACAAUGGGGCACUGCUGGCCUUCUCGCCCCCAGUCCCCCGGAGGCAGCGUCGGGGCACGGGGCCUGUGGCGGAGUCCCGCCUCUUCUACAAGGUGGCCGCACCCAGCACCCACUUCCUGCUGAACCUGACCCGUAGCCCUCGCCUUCUGGCAGGGCAUGUCUCCGUGGAGUACUGGACACGGGAGGGCCUGGCCUGGCAGAGGGCUGCCCGGCCCCACUGCCUCUAUGCUGGCCACCUGCAGGGCCAGGCUGGCAGCUCCCAUGUGGCUAUCAGCACCUGUGGGGGCCUGCAUGGCCUGAUUAUGGCAGAUGAGGAAGAAUAUUUGAUUGAACCCCUGCAAGGUGGACCUAAGGGAGCCCAGGGCCCAGAGGAGAGUGGCCCCCAUGUAGUGUAUAAGCGAUCUUCUCUGCGUCACCCCCACCUGGACACAGCCUGUGGAGUGAGAGAUGAGAAACCAUGGAAGGGGCGGCCCUGGUGGCUGCGCACCUUGAAGCCACCUCCUGCCAGGCCCCUGGGGAAUGAAACGGAACGUGGCCAGCCAGGCCUGAAGCGCUCGGUCAGCCGAGAGCGCUACGUGGAGACCCUGGUGGUGGCAGACAAGAUGAUGGUGGCCUACCACGGGCGCCGAGACGUGGAACAGUAUGUGCUAGCCAUCAUGAACAUUGUUGCCAAACUUUUCCAGGACUCAAGUCUGGGAAACAUCGUUAAUAUCCUGGUAACACGCCUCAUCCUGCUCACGGAGGACCAGCCCACCCUGGAGAUCACCCACCAUGCCGGGAAGUCCCUGGACAGCUUCUGUAAGUGGCAGAAAUCCAUCGUGAACCGCAACGGCCAUGGCAAUGCCAUUCCGGAGAACGGCGUGGCCAACCAUGACACAGCGGUGCUCAUCACGCGCUACGACAUCUGCAUCUACAAGAACAAACCUUGUGGCACGCUAGGCCUGGCCCCCGUGGGCGGGAUGUGCGAGCGAGAGAGAAGUUGCAGCAUUAAUGAGGACAUCGGCCUGGCCACAGCGUUCACCAUCGCCCAUGAGAUUGGCCACACGUUUGGCAUGAACCAUGAUGGCGUGGGGAACAGCUGCGGGGCCCGUGGCCAGGACCCAGCAAAGCUCAUGGCCGCCCACAUUACCAUGAAGACCAACCCGUUCGUGUGGUCAUCCUGCAGCCGCGACUAUAUCACCAGCUUUCUGGACUUGGGCCUGGGGCUCUGCCUGAACAACCGGCCCCCCAGACAAGACUUCGUGUACCCAACGGUGGCACCCGGCCAGGCCUAUGACGCAGAUGAACAGUGCCGCUUCCAGCAUGGAGUCAAAUCGCGUCAGUGUAAAUACGGGGAGGUCUGCAGCGAGCUGUGGUGCCUGAGCAAGAGCAAUCGCUGCAUCACUAACAGCAUCCCAGCCGCCGAGGGCACGCUGUGCCAGACGCACACCAUCGACAAGGGGGUGAGCGCGCAGCCCCGGUCCUGGAGCCACGCCCGCCCGUGCGGCAGGGUACUUCGCCGCCGCUUCAGGCCGCGCCCACUGCCCUCGGGUCCCGCCCCUUGGCCCGAGGCCACGCCCCGCCCUCCGACCCUAUGCUUAGGCCACGCCCCUGCGGGACCCGACUGCAUCCCGGCCCCCCAGACCGCACCUGCGGCCCCCUCGCGCCCCAUCCCAGGAGGCUGGGGCCUCCAGCUCAGAGGCGGUAGGAGCGAGGGGUCCCCGACAGCACACGGGGGCGGACUCACCCCUCCCCUCCGCGCGCAGUGGUGCUACAAGCGGGUGUGUGUACCCUUCGGGUCGCGGCCGGAGGGCGUGGACGGGGCCUGGGGCCCGUGGACCCCGUGGGGAGACUGCAGCCGGACGUGCGGCGGCGGCGUGUCCUCCUCCAGCCGCCACUGCGACAGCCCCAGGCCAACGAUUGGUGGCAAGUACUGCCUGGGCGAAAGACGGCGGCACCGCUCCUGCAACACCGACGACUGUCCCCCAGGCUCCCAGGACUUCCGAGAAAUGCAGUGCUCGGAGUUUGACAGUGUCCCCUUCCGUGGAAAAUUCUACACAUGGAAGACCUACCGAGGAGGGGGCGUGAAGGCCUGCUCACUCACGUGCCUAGCAGACGGCUUCAACUUCUACACGGAGAGGGCGGCGGCCGUGGUGGACGGGACCCCAUGCCGCCCGGACACAGUGGACAUUUGUGUCAGCGGCGAGUGCAAGCACGUGGGCUGUGACCGGGUCCUGGGUUCUGACCUUCGAGAGGACAAGUGCCGGGUGUGUGGUGGUGACGGCAGUGCGUGUAGAACCAUCGAGGGGGUCUUCAGCCCAGCCUCACCCGGGGCCGGGUAUGAGGAAGUCGUUUGGAUCCCCAAAGGCUCCGUCCACAUCUUCAUCCAGGACCUGAACCUGUCCCUCAGUCACCUUGCCCUGAAGGGAGACCAGGAGUCCCUGCUGCUGGAGGGGCUGCCCGGGACUCCGCAGCCCCACCGCCUGCCCCUGGCCGGGACCACCUUUCAGCUGCGACAGGGGCCGGAUCAGUCGCAGAGCCUAGAAGCCCUGGGACCCAUUAAUGCGUCUCUCGUCGUCAUGGUACUGUCCCAGACAGAACUGCCCGCCGUCCGCUUCCGUUUCAACGCGCCCAUCGCCCGUGAGGCGCUGCCUCCCUACUCCUGGCACUACGCGCCCUGGACCAAGUGCUCGGCCCAGUGUGCGGGCGGCAGCCAGGUGCAGGCCGUGGAGUGCCGCAGUCAGUUGGACGGCUCGGCCGUGGCGCCCCACCACUGCAGCGCCCACAGCAAGCUGCCCAGGAGACAGCGAGCCUGCAACACGGAGCCCUGCCCGCCGGACUGGGUGGUGGGGAACUGGUCGCGCUGCAGCCGCAGCUGUGACGCGGGCGUGCGUAGCCGCUCUGUCGUGUGCCAGCGUCGCGUGUCGGCCGCCGAGGAGAAGGCGCUGGACGACAGCGCGUGCCGGCAGCCGCGCCCGCCGGUCCUGGAAGCCUGCCACGGCCCCGCCUGCCCGCCCGAGUGGGCCGCCCUCGACUGGUCCGAGUGCACCCCCAGCUGUGGGCCCGGCCUCCGCCAUCGCAUCGUCCUGUGCAAGAGCUCCGACCACCGCGCCACGCUGCCCCCGGGGCACUGCCCGCCCGCAGCCAAGCCUCCCGCCACCAUGCGCUGCAACUUGCGCCGCUGCCCCCCAGCUCGCUGGGUGGCGGGCGAGUGGGGCGAGUGCUCCGCGCAGUGCGGCUUCGGGCAUCAACAGCGUGCGGUGCGCUGCUCCGGCCACACCGGCCAGCCGUCGCGCGAGUGCUCCGAGGCUCUGCGGCCGCCCGCCACGCAGCAGUGCGAGGCCAAGUGCGACAGCGCGCCCCCUGGGGACGGCCCGGAAGAGUGCAAGGACGUGAACAAGGUCGCCUACUGCCCCCUGGUGCUCAAAUUCCAGUUCUGCAGCCGAGCCUACUUCCGCCAGAUGUGCUGCAAAACAUGCCAGGGCCGCUAGGGGGCGCACGGUGCCCCCGGAAUCACAGCUGGUCGCCGGCUGGCGGGGGGUUGGGGGGUGCCCCGGCCUGCCGCCCGCCAGGCUGCCGGAGUCGAGCGGGCGGGAGCUGCCAGUAAAGGGUGAGAUGGAGCCGAGAGUUAUUUAUUGGGAACCCCUGCAGGGCCUCUGACCGGGGGAUGGAGAGGGGCUGGCCGCCCCCAGGGCUCAUCAUCAUCCCUUCUCCCAGUUAAUGGGGAGACCCCCUCCAGGGUGGGUUUGAGGAGGGGACAACUGCUCGCCCUAGUGCCCUUUUCACCCACCCACCCCCGAGGGAGGCCCAACACUGUCCCCACUUUGAUCGGAAUACGUACUGUGAAGAGCGGGGAUGCCGGUGCCCUGCCCCCAGCACUGCCCUGUCCCUCUGCUCUGAGCUGGGGCGGGGGGCUCACGCCGCUAUGGGGGUGGGGGGUUAGCACCACUUCCCUGACACCCUGCCCCGGACCAGACCAGCUACAGGGAUGAGGCAGAGCUGGGCAGAUCCAGUCCAGCCUCUGCCCUGCCUGCCCCAGGGGAACCCCAACAUCCAGGCCGCCCCCAUCAUGGUGCUACAGGCCCUGCCCUGGGGCCCAUACACCCCUCGCCAGGAAGCCCGACAUCAAUAAAGUUCUGCCUUGUGUA